AUGAGCGAUUUGGGUCUGCUGCAUCAUUUUCUUGGUAUCGAGGUAUAUCAAGAUAAAUCAGGAAUUUUUAUCUGUCUAAGAAGGUAUGCAGAAAAUAUUCUCAAAAAAUUCAGCAUGUAUGGCUGUAAAACAUUCGAUAUCCCCGUUGUAGUAAAUGAAAAAUUGAAGAAGGAAGACAGCGGAAAAUUGGUAGACGAAAGCUUGUCCAUAAGUUUGGUCGGAAGUCUAUUUUAUCUAAAAGCUACACGAUCUGAAUUAAUGUUCGAUGUCGGUUUACUUUCAAGGUUUAUGAGUAAACCUACUCACUCACACCUUGGAGCAGCAAAGACAGUUCUGAGGUACAUAAUGGGCACUUUAGAGCACAAAAUAAUAUUUGAAAAGAAUGCUAAAAUUGAAUUUAAAGGCUAUUGUGAUAGUGAUUGGGCUAGAAGUGUUGAUGACAUGAAAAGUACUUCUGGUUAUGUAUUCAGCCUGGUUUUAGGAGUAAUUUCUUGGUGUUCGAAGAAACAAGACACUAUAGCGCAAUCUUCAGCUGAAGUAGAAUAUUUUACAGCUGGUUUGGUUACACAAUAA